AAGUUGGAAAAGUUACGCUCUAAUCCUUCGCAACAAAGCCUUUUCGUUCCCUGUGGCGACUACGAUCGUGUCCAGUGAUAUCGUGACAAGAAAAUCGCUAAAUUCCGGAUCUAGUGCUGGUGGUGGUGCAUACUAAUCAUUUUACACCUCGGUCCCGUGGUCCCUCUGGAGCGCGGACCAGGAAACCACCCUUUCGCGGGAUCCGUGAUCGCAACGUGCCUCGUAUUAUUGUUUGAGUAUUUGUUGUUUUGCCGUAAGUUAAAUGAGUUGUUCCGUGCGCGUCCAACAUGUCGAAAAGUAAAGCGGCCCACCCGAAGCUCGAUAGCGAUCGUGUAGAGAUAAAGUCGAAGUUCGAUGCGGAAUUCCGGCGGUGGUCGGUGAAACGGUCUGAGCAGCACUCGUUCGAGGUUUUCCAGUCGCUGAUCGAACGGCUACACCGGCUCGACCGCUCGCAUCUGCUCAUCUCCUACAUCGAUCCACGGGACAACGAUCUGCUACCGAUCAACAAUGACGACAACUUCGGGCGGGCCCUAACCACGGCACGGCCCCUGCUCCGUGUAAUCAUACAGAAGAAGGGUGAUAGUCUCGAGGAACGGACGGGUUAUGGUACGAUUAGACCUAGGAAUCUUAUCAGCAGUAUUCUGGGACAAACUCCGGUCAAGCAGAAAGGACUGGCCAUCUCCAAUCCGCACGACUUUCGGCAGGUGUCAGCAAUUAUCGAUGUGGAUAUUGUACCGGAAACGUGUCGUCGAGUGCGCCUGCUGAAGCAUGGCAGUGAUAAACCCCUCGGAUUCUACAUUCGUGAUGGCACAUCGGUUCGGGUGACGGCCAGCGGGCUGGAAAAGCUUCCCGGUAUUUUCAUCUCCCGCCUGGUACCGGGCGGAUUGGCCGAAAGCACCGGCCUACUGGCGGUGAACGAUGAGGUGCUCGAGGUGAACGGGAUCGAGGUGCUGGGCAAAACGCUCGACCAGGUCACGGACAUGAUGGUGGCGAAUAGCUCCAAUCUAAUCAUCACGGUAAAGCCGGCCAACCAGCGAACGUUGGCGCCACCGAGGCGCGGAUCGUACUCGCGCAACAGUCAGCUAUCCGGCGGUUCGCAGCAGUCCCAACAGACGACCGGCUCGGACGAGAACGAUCCGGACGACCAGGAGGACGAGGUGCGCGACCUAACCGAGGCGGUCACGCUCGAGGAAAGCAAUCUCAUCUCACAGAAGGAUGGCGUACUGCAUCUGUAAGACACUUCCCGUUCCCUCCAAAAGUCGAUCGAGAAAUCGAAUUCGACGAUCGGCUACUGUGGCGCGCCUGAUUCACACCAAUCCCGAUCGUCGCCCCAAUUGGGAUAAUUUUUUGCUUUUAACGACCGUAAAAAGCGGAAGCGGAAAAACAUUACUCAUCUACAUACUGUUCGCUGUGUUCGACAAACGAAAAACAAAAAACAAAUGUUCGGCAAGUCUCCGAGAGCAGGCAGAAGGUGCACAACAAGCAGCGAGACGAGAUUAGGGAAACACGAAAUCCUCGAACGGGUGCUGAUGCUGUUUGAAGAAGAAAUCUGCCUUUUUAAAAUAGUACUUUUUGGAGGAUGUUUUGGGCGCGGACAAACGAUGAUACACCACACGGAAGCGGACGGAGAAGUGUUACCAAAAAAAACGAAAACCGAAAAUUAGAACAAGCGAAAUGCUGGCACACCGCAUACACGGUCUCACGCUCAACAAUUGCUCAGCACUUAAUCGCCGGAAUCGCCGGGCGCACAGCAGGAUGCUGCCCUGCUUCAUCAAUACUCCCGGCGGGAGAAUCGCAAGAAGACAUUGUUUGCCGCAAAAUGACACAGACGGAAGAAGGUUGUUGCUUUUUUAGACAUUACACCGGAAGUAACAGUGUUCUAAGAACCGUGUGCCUUUCCAGUAAACAUUCCAUUUUGAGAGGCAGAGGCACCAACACAACCUCUUUUGGGUGAGUUGGCGCGAAAGUCCCAACCCUCCCGAUCACGAUCUUUAUCAAUCGAAAGAAGACCAAGAAACUGGACGCAAAGAAAGUGGCUACUGAACCGGGGGCAACGUCUAGAGCAGGAAAAUUUACACAAUUAGCAAUAAUCGAAGAAAGUGAACAAAUAGGUACCAACAUACCCAACAGAGAGUACUUAAAGUGAACGAAACAGUAGUUAUUUACCUCCAUUAAUGAUAUAGUGUAGUAGCAAACGAAACAACCGAAUUAACGCUAAUCCAUCCAUUCCUACCCGGAGCCCGUUGGGGGUUUUCACCGAUACAUUCCACACGUGCAAGUGCCUGCACAAAAGCGCCGGGACACACACCCUGAGACACGCGUUGGCCUUAAGAACGACGAUAUACCAAAUACAUUCCGAGUUAUUGUCGGCUGUUGUGUACUUAAAUCGAAACCUCACGUACUUUUGGAACGCUAAAUCUACAUUAAACAUAACAAGGAACUGGGUGCGGGCAGUAAGAUAAAAGUAUGCCUUCGUCAGUGCCCUGACUUCAAAAUGUUGCUCGUAAAGCGCUACGGUUUGCACCGUGUUUCCCGUUUCUGUAAUCAUCUCCAUUCAAUGCGAUGCGUGACGGCAGUUUAGUGAGAACCGCGACUGGACAGAGCGAGGAUCAGGCAACAAGGCCCCCGAAUGCACGGGAAAAGCGCUCGCCAACAAAAAGGGUACUGUCCUUUCCGGUCCUACACUUGCGUAACGGUUAUUAUAUUAUAUUAUACACAGUAUUUCUUUGUUAUUCGCGUAGAGUGUAGAGUGCGACAGGUACUUAGUGGGGUCCCUUCCCAAAUGAAUACAUGUUCUCCUAUUUAAAACUAGAAAAAACACACAAAAAUUCCCCAAAUUACUUUCGCGCCGUGUGUUCGUUAUACUCUACCGCUUGGAAGCGCAUCUGAAACCGUUGUAGUCCUCUGUUUUUCCUCUGGCGUGAGAUAAUUUGUAAAUCAUGACGGUUCGCCGAAUGUGACCGCCGGGUUGCCUUAUGCGAAGUAGCAAAAACAAACGGUUUAAAGCGGAACAUAAAACCACACGCGCGUUCCAUGUUGUUUAGGAAGUCGAAAACAAUAGAGAUAGAGAGGGGGAGAUAGACACAAUAUUUGCUACAAACAACCCACACUCCCUGUUGCCGUAGCUGGAUCGUUAAACAAUGCUCUUGAAAACUGUUUUCGAAAACAAAAAUAUGAAAAUAUAUUAAAUCCUUUUAUA